CUCUCUUGCCGUCCGGUUUCGCCCACGCGGCGAAACGCCCGACACCAACGGACGAGGAGCUCCCCGCACGCGCGCCGUUGCGGUUGCUUCUCCUCCCCCUCCGAUUCCUCGAAUCGGCUCUCCACUCUCUCCACACACCACCGUGCGCGCGGCGCGGCGGCAUGGCGAGCGCGGCCGCUCGCAGCCCCCUCCCCGUGGCCUCUCUCCCCGCGCGCCGCAGCGCCACGGCGCCCCGCGCGGCCGCGGCGGCGGGCCCACACCCGCUGGGAUUCUCGAGACGUUUCAAGCCCUCCACGGGAGGCGCGCCGCGCUCCAGCCUGCACAUCGUGGCCUCCAGCUCCAAGGUGGACCCGGUCGAGGAGAGAACCCCCGUUGCGCCGCCUGCGGUCGUCCCAGUUCCUGCUGACGCGUCCCCGCCGGGCACGUCGCUGGAGACUCAGCCCCAAGUAAGCACCGGCACAUGGAAAUGGAGGGGCUACAACAUUCGCUACCAGCACGCCGGGACGUCGGGCCCUGCAUUGGUUCUUAUUCAUGGGUUUGGGGCAAACAGUGACCAUUGGCGGAAAAAUAUUCCUGUUCUUGCCAUGGCAAAUAGGGUAUAUGCGAUAGAUCUAAUUGGUUAUGGCUAUUCUGAUAAGCCUAAUCCACGUGAGAUUGGAGAGAACUUUUAUACUUUUGAGACAUGGGGAGAACAGCUGAAUACGUUUUGUGCUGAAGUGGUCAAGAGUGAAGCUUUCUUCAUAUGCAAUUCAAUUGGAGGGCUUGUUGGUCUGCAGGCAGCCGUCAUGGAACCUCAGAAAUGUAAAGGAAUUGUUUUAUUGGAUAUUUCACUAAGAAUGCUUCAUAUCAAGAAGCAACCAUGGUUUGGAAAGCCUUUCAUCAAAUCCUUCCAAAGUCUCCUAAGGAACACCAUCGUUGGGAAGCUAUUUUUUAAUGCUGUCGCUACACCAGAAUCUGUGAAAAAUAUACUUUGCCAGUGCUAUCAUGACACAUCUGCAGUGACAGAUGAGCUAGUUCAGUUUAUUCUACAGCCAGGGCUUGAUCCAGGCGCAGUGGAUGUAUUCCUUGAGUUCAUCUGCUACUCUGGAGGACCUCUACCUGAAGAGUUGCUUCCAUUGGUGAAGUGUCCAGUUUUGGUAGCAUGGGGGGAGAAGGAUCCAUGGGAGCCUGUGGAGCUCGGAAGAGCCUAUGCAUCUUUUGAUACAGUCGAAGAUUUUGUUGUCUUGCCAGAUGUUGGACACUGCCCUCAGGAUGAAGCACCUGAGCUUGUAAAUCCACUUGUCCAAUCAUUUGUUCAGCGUCAUAGUUAGCACAUGGGUGAGCCUGCUUUCUACGCUUAUUGAUGCCAUUUUCCACUAGGGAUUCCUAGUAAGGAAAUGCAUGAUUAUGUUAUUGGGAUAGCAACUGGGUCCUUCUGUUACAGGCCAUGGUAAGCGUUCCCACUUUCCAACUGUCAGCAUGGUCAUAUGUCCUGAAACUGACGGGAAAAAAGUUUACUAUUCCCAAUUUUCUGGUGACUAAGUUUUUGCUCUCGUGCUCAGCAGUACUUGCAUUUUAGUGCAGGUGGCAAACAUCAUUUGGCAAAUUAUAAAUCAAAUAUAAGAAAUUACGAGGGAAUAUCUGAUUUUAUUACAGCAAAAGGAAGAACCUGUCUCCUCAGACCGCAUAGGUUAGUACCAGCAGCACAGCGGUUCUAUGCUAGUUGAUGCUAUAGCGAAAGUGAACGCAAGUUCAUACAUGUAUAUUUAUCCAUAAAAAUGAGCCUGCACGAAUUGUAUAGACAUAACAUUUAAUGUUGACACUUGACUUGUAUUAUCUCUUUCGGAAAAUAAAGAGAGAAAGAGAAACGAAAGUUGGAUAAAUUCGUUCCUGUUUUGACACUA